GAAAUCAAUAUUCAGUCUAAAGCAUGAGAUUGAAGCAGCUACUGGUCUUCGUUGUGCAGUUGCAUACGGUAGUCUGCCACCUGAAACUCGGUCGCAACAAGCCAAGUUAUUCAAUGACCCUAACAGUGGGUUUGAUGUUCUAGUUGCAAGUGAUGCUAUUGGAAUGGGUUUGAAUUUAAAUAUUAAACGAAUAGUAUUCGAAUCCAUAAAAAAAUAUGAUGGAAUAGGUAUACGAUAUAUCCCUAUUUCUCAAAUCAAGCAAAUCGCUGGACGAGCCGGCCGGUUUGGUACUGAAAACAACGUUGGAGAAGUGACGGCGCUUGAGGACGCGGACUUAAGAUAUGUACAUCAAGCGAUGGAUGCACCACAUAAAGAUUUGGAGAUGGCAGGAUUACAACCUACAAUGGAAAUGGUAGAACUCUUUGCCCAUCAAUUGCCAGAUGUUAAAGAAUUUGCAAUUCUCUUGGAAAAAUUUGAAGAUUUAGCUCGCGUAGAUGGGCAAUAUUUUUUGUGUAAUUUUCAUACGCAAAAGCUUAUUGCAAAUACGAUUGAACUUAUUCCCAUGACUAUUCCUGAGCGAUUCAUUUUUGUUACCGGACCUAUAAACACAUCAGAUCAACGUAUUAUGAAGAACGUACAAAAGUUUGCUAUGUUGCAUAGUCAAGGGAGGCCCUGUCGCAUCUCAAAAAUCGUCUCUAUUCCGGAAAAAGUACCCUAUAAUGAUGAAUUACUUGGCGAACUUGAAUCCAUUCAUCGUACACUUAUGUUAUAUCUAUGGUUAAGUUACAAAUUUUCAGAGACAUUUGUCGAUGUUGAUUUAGCUCGUGAAAUGAAACUUAAAUGUGAAACAAUCAUUCAUGAUUCUUUACAAAAGCUUAAAACCCCAAGGAGACGAUAUCGUACCAUCACAAGAGAUAUCAGAGAAUUAAGAAUGACAACAAAAAAUAAUAAACAUUUUACUAAACAACCUGAGAAGCCGUAG